GUCUAGAAAAAGGAAAAGUUGCUCUUGAAAUUGUUUUUGCUGUUUAUGCAAUAAAUCUCUAAGGUGGGUGUGUGGUGAAGAGUCAUGAAGGCUUGGUCAUUUGAACCACUUCAAACUCAGAAAUAGACAGACAGACAGCACAAGAUUAACACAAGGCUCCUGGUGUGGUGGCAACCCUCAGCUGAAAUAGGGCCUUUGCAGGGUGGAGGCAGCAGGCUGCAGCCAGGACCUGUCACAUUACUCUCAGCUCCACAGAGGGACCAGGGCACCUGAAUACAGACUGAGGGAGGGUAGCAGAGUGUGAGUGAGAGCAGACCGAACACGGAGAGACGAGGACGCCUCUGCAGCAGUAACAGAGUCCAACGUGGGACUUGGAGACACCUUUUCCCCUCGAGACAAGGGGAUCGCAGCUGUGUGUCGCCAGAGACUUCGGCUGAAAGUACUCCAGCUCCUUUCUAAGACGAGGGAUCUGUUUAAAAAGAGGAAGCACAAUGGAUAAGGAUGCUUUUCAGGACUAUGAGUACCCAGACCUGGAUCCUGUGCCAACCAAAAUUGAAGCAGAAGUAAUCCCUCCAUGUGACCCUACUGCUGACGACAGGCUCUAUCACAUAUGCAUCACUGCGAUAUCUCUCGUUGUCAUGCUGAUCCUAGCGAUCUUAGCGAGGCGCAUGAAGGUGGGCGACAGACAGAAAGGACUCCCAGGUUUACUCAGUCCGGUCAACUUCCUGGACCAUACGCAGCACAAGGGCCUGGCAGUGGCUGUAUUUGGAGUGCUCCUGUGCAAACUGUGGGGCCUGAUCAUAUCACCACAUCCCCUCCCCUUCACCACAGACUCCCAGAACAAACAGAACUGGGUGAUCCUGGGAGUCUUCUACUACCCCGCACUGUACUACCCUCUCCUGGCAUGUGGCACUUUACAUAAUAAAGUUGGCUAUGUACUCGGUAGCCUCCUGUCAUGGACACACUUUGGUGUUCUGGUGUGGCAGAAAAUUGACUGUCCAAAGACACCUCUGAUACACAAACACUACUCCCUUUUCUCCAGCCUGCCUCAGAUCGCUUGCUUGGCAUUCCUUAGUUUCCAGUAUCCCCUGCUUCUAUUCAAGGGCUUAAAGGGCACUGAAAAGAACAAUGCCACAGAGGAUCUCAGCAGCAGCUACUAUAGAGAUUAUGUGAAGAAAGUUUUCAGUAAGAAGAAGGCCACCAAAAUAAGCUCGUCGAGCGCAGACAAACCCAAACUCCCUCAAAGAAUAAUUGAUGCUGUGAAGUCGUACAUUUAUACACCAGAGGACGCUUUCCGCUUUCCACUGAAGUUGGCUAUUUCUGGUGUGGUGUCUUUUAUAACCCUGUACCAGGUGGGCCUCCUGCUGAUCUCGGCAGUGGUACCGUCUCUCCAGACUGCUCGUAUGGGAGUCGAUGAAGAUAUUGCAAACCUUUUAGCUGGUUUCAAGAUCAUGCUGUCCCCAGACAAACAUGAAGUGGUCCGAAUAGUGGUUUAUUACAUGUGGUGUGUAGAAGUUUGCUACAUCUCAGCUAUGACUCUGUCUGCUUUGGUCAACCUGGCUAUGCUCAUGAGGUCAAUGGUUCUGCAUCGGUCAAAUCUGAAGGGGCUGUACAGAGGAGAUAUCUAUAAUGUUUACAACUGCCAGAGAAGCAUCAGGGCUUCCAGGCCAGCGUUGGUCUGCUGGAUGGGAUACACCAGCUUCACAGCAGCUCACAUCUUCAUUGGCAUGAUCAUCCAGACCAUGGUGUUCUUCCUCUGCCUUCUGGUCGCCGUCUUCCUCAUAAUCAUCCCUGUGCUGCACAGACAGAAUCUGUUUCUCUUCCAGAUGCUGUGGAGCAUGUGGCCCUUCUGGCUGAUGAUUCUCCUGGCCGUGUUGAUUCAACACAUCACCGCCAGGUUUUGCUUCAUCAAAAAAACAGCAGGCACACGAGACCUCGACAACAGGGGUAAUCUGUUCCUGCUAACAUACCUGCUGUUUCCAGUCAAUGUUCUGAUCGGGGUGCUACUGGCAGUGUGGCGGCUGGUCAUCACAGCCCUGUUCAACAUUGUCCACAUGGGACGUGUUGAUAUCAGUCUUCUGAACCGCAAUGUGGAGGCGUUUGACCCUGCCUACCGCUGCUAUGCUCAUUAUCUGAAGAUUGAGGUGAGCCAAUCUCACCCUGUGAUGAAGGCCUUCUGCGGGAUGCUGCUGCAGUCUGUGGGCCAGGACGGCAAAGCUGGACAGAGGUCACGGGAUGCUGAAGAGGGGAUCCAGCUGGUCCAGCAGGAGAAGAAACAGCACAAAGUGUCCAGUGCCAAGAGGGCCCGGGGGCACUGGCAGCUCCUCUACACCCUGGUCAACAACCCGUCUCUGGUGGGCACCAGGAAGCACUUCCAGCGUCAGACCGCAGACAGCUUUCUGAAUGGAAGCCUCAACCGCAGCACCAAGGACGAGAGCAAAAAGGAGGCAGGAAGCAAGGAGGCCGAGGCCGCUGCUGGCAACUGAACAAGAACGUGACUCUACCUGGCUGCAGAUUCUCUUUUGGUUUGGUUCAAAUACUAUUGUCAUACUAUUUGUCCAGACCUGCUGUGUGCAUCUGCAUUUGGUGAAAUAAGUGGAUUACUAUAACUCAGUGCCUCAUGUAGAGAUAUUCACCAAACCUUUCCCGUUUGGCUGGAGACUCAGAAUCCUUGCUGCUCUUCAUGUUCUCCUUUCUGUGAGGACCUGGGUCUCCAGUCUGAUAUGUGGCACUCAUUACCCAUCUAAACACACUCGUUAAAUACCUUUUGCAAAAACAUUUAUGUGCUUAUUUUGGGAUGGAACUCAUUUGCACCAGAUUUCAACCAUGAGGUUAAUCACAGUGUACAGUGCAAAUUUAUAGUUACCUAAAGUAAACACACGGAUGUACAAAACACCUUAGUAAGAGGGCAUAUAUAUAUAUAUAUAUAUAUAUAUA